UACCUAACGGAACCGAUACAAAUUAAAAAAACCAAACCACUUUGGUGAACCAUAGAAAAUCCAUUCAAAAUAGAUGGUGCAUAAUGGUACUGGUAGAAAACUACGAGUGCAAAAAGUGUAGUUUCUCCUCUCUCUCUCUCUCUCUCUCUCUCUCUCUCUCUCUAGGUCGGUUCCUUACUUCCUCCGGCAAUGUUCAGGCCACGCGAGACGUAGGAGAGAAGGCUGCGUUGUGCGUAUUCGUCAUUCGAGUUAGGUUGGGAUUUUUAGUUCGGGGGGGUGAGCAGCCGUUUUUCGCGAGUUCGAACCAAGCCAAUCCAGUCAUGCCGGCGCAAAUUGACUCCCGUGCUGCCAUUGACUCGGUCCAACGUGCUCGUCUUCGCUCUCGCCGCAUAGUCCACCGAUUUACCUCUGGCUCCUCAGGAGUAAGGGCAGCCAUGCCUUUCGUAUCAACUUACUUUGUACUAGCAAUGGCGUUGUGUAAUAGGAUGGAGGGGGGUCGAGAGAGGAGGAAGGUGAGAGAGGAGAUGGAGGAGGAGGACCGGAAACUAGGUGAGAAGAGAGAGGCCCUCCAUCAGAUCCAUAAUGACUUGAUCACUAUCAAGGAAGGGAUCAACCGUGGGUUUUUGGGCUCGCUUUUUCUCCUCUGGUUGAAGAUAAAAGCGUUGAUGGAGGGUUAUGUAGUGGGCCGAAAUAUCCGAGGGGUAGAUGAGUCCUGAUGGGUCGCGCUUGUCUGAGCUCACCGCGUAGUUGUCUCAGUUCAUCUGUGAAUUUACACGUGAGUUGGUACGAUGGAUGUGACUAUUUCCCAAAGGAUAAGGAGGUUCUUGUAAUCUUCGCCGAACAUGGAAUUAUCCGAGGGUAUGAAGAUUUGGUCUCCUUCGGUAAUUUGUUCAAACGUUCGGUGGGACCACUAUGUUCGGAUAGAGUUCCUAUUGUUCGGUAGAUAAUGAGUUCAUUCGAAUUGGUUUCAUUCACUCGGGAAUAAGUUUGUUCGGAUAUCGCUUCAGUAGAAUCUUCUGGAAGCUUCCACUGAUAUUUAGGUUGUCAUUUCUGACAGCUGAGAUGACAUCUCUGUAUGAUGUGACUUCUCUGACACUGAUAAACGCGGCUCUGCAACCUACAGAGAAAUGAUGUCUAUUAAAUACGCUGACAUGUGACGUCAUCCGAACGUAGCACACCACAUGGGUUGCAAAAUCAGGCUGUGUAGUACUCAAUAUCUUUGACUAUAAAUACAAGACCAUCCCCUCAUGUGAAGGGAUCUGAGAAAAAAGGAGAAAAAACACAUCUCUCUCUCUCUCUCCCUCUCUAUCUCUUUCUUUCCAUACCUUCUUGCUAAACUUCUCCUUUCUCCACUUACUGACUAGUUCGUCGGAGCUUCUUCCCGGAAGAACACCCCCCUCCGGUUCUGCAGGUACGCAAAGAUUUCAACAUUCCCACGAAUUAUAGAAGAAGGCUCAAGAAGGAAAGGCAAGGUGAAAUCAGCCCCCCACAGGUUAUCAUUUGAAUUACGACUGUCGCACUUUGAAAACUGAAACUCUCUGUCUUUCAUAUGUUUUUCAGCAUGCCAUACCUAUGCAGCACUUAUUAGAUUUUGAUUAGUCAAGUCAGUUCAGUUUGUUUCGGUUUUCCUGGUACCAUCUCGGUAUGGUUUUCCCUUCCUUUCUAUGCUAUAAGAUGUCGUUCUUUGCAGUGUGCAAGUUAACAAAGACGAUCAAAAUUUGACACUGGCCUUGGAAUGGAUGGUAGCGAUGAGAACUCUAUAGUAAAGAACUAAAGCGGUAUGAUGAUGCAGGAUCUUUUCUUGUUCAUUUUUGUUGACUCAAGUUACGCAUUUUAUUAUGCUUCUCUAUCGGGUUAAGGUUUGAAAUCUACAUGACGAUGGCCGUCUAACUUCUGUUCAAUUUUCUUGGAUGACACUUGACCUAUUUCCUUGGGUACAAAAACUUAAAAAUGUCCACUUUAAACUCAAGCUCAAGAGUUAUUAGUCAGUAGGGAACAACGCUGUGUCCAACCAAACAUGACGUAGGUGGGAAAAAUGGAAAGCAAGAAUGUAAUUAAAACGAUUGUCAUUCCUGUUGUUACUUCUAGCACAAUAUAAAUUACUCUUGUACGAAGUUGGUCUCACAGUUGUAUUUAUGCAAUAAGGUUUCUAUUCAAUAAUCGAACUUAUGAUGCCUUUAAUAUUUGUCGAGCACUGCUUAGUUGAUAUACGGAAGUCAGAAACUCGAGCUGAAAUAGUAGUGUAUUGAAAUUAGUGGGACAUGGUCGAAGGGGUUUCCUCAAAAAAUCUGCUUGCCACAUAAUGCUGUGAGUUAAGUUGCCAGAACAUGGUAGCUGUCAAAUGAUAUGUUUAUGUCUCAUCUUGGCACAGUUUUGAAUUCAGUUGCUAUUUCCUACAUGGGUCGUAUGCUUACAUUAUUUGUGUUGAUACUUCUAUUCAUGCACCUUCCUGGCUACCUCGCAUAUGGACGGUUUUCUAAUGAAUAUUUUUGACAAUCUAUUCUGGUACAUACUCAUUCAUUGAAAUGUUUCUUGUGUCGUCAUUUACUUGUCGUGUAGAGGGCAUGGGAGCAGGGGGCAAACCUCCGUAUUUGAUGGUAAAAUAAGUUGCGAAAAAUUCCCCAGAUGUAUGCAUUUUAUUGUCGUGUCUUCCUGUAUUAGACAAUGGUUGGCACGGAAGUCAUUUGUGUUGAAGGAUUUUCGACAAACAACCUGAAGUGUGUAAUUGCUGUCAUUGUUUUUGUACUCUCGUGGACUUUUCUACUUGUAUUUAGUAUAUUCUAGAUUGGAUGUAGGGUUUUUGGAGAAGUUAUUAUAUUGAAGGGGUAUCCAA